AUGCGCACACGCGAGCACGCGUCACGUGCCAGUGACAGCUGGCGUGCAGCUUUGCGACUUGAGCCGACCAUCGCCUGUGUCCUUGGCAUGGACUUCAUUUUCCACCGCGCUCUUCGCUCCAGCACAGCACAGUGUUCGGCAUUCUUCAUCGCCAGUUAG